AUGGAAGCCACCAAACGGCCGGUGGCACGAGUCAGUACGGGGACGGUAAAAGCUGCCGCCAAAACGAACACUCAAUUCGCAUUGGGCGGUGGGGGAGAUAGCAAGCAAACUCGGCAAUUUAUUUCCUUUACCUGUCAAAACUCAAAAGGGAAUCGACCAACGUCUUAUUCGGACGGAUAUGCGCAUUUUCCGUCUCUGAAAAUCAGAGAAAAGACUCCUUACAGUCUGUUUCAAUUCCAAUUCCUUCAACGAUUCACUUCUUCCAUACUGGAGAAGAAACUGAAUGAUGUCAUGAAAAUGUUUAUAGUGCAGAUCAGGCCGAGUAACGCGAUGGAGCAGAGGAACUUGCUUCUGUCGGCAUUGAGCGUUGGGGUGGGAGUGGGGCUUGGUUUGGCCUCUGGACAGGCGGUGAGCAAAUGGGCUGGCUAUAAUUUCUCCGGCGAAGGCGUUAAUGCGGAGCAGAUCGAGCAGGAGCUUCUGCGUCUUGUCGUCGAAGGCAAGGAGGGCGAAGUCACCUUCGACGAGUUCCCUUAUUACCUCAGUGAGCAGACACGGGUGUUACUGACUAGUGCUGCCUAUGUUCAUUUGAAGAACGUAGAUGUUUCCAGACACACCGGCUAUAUUGCUUUCAGGGCUGCUGAACUUUACCAGCAAAGGCUUGCAAAAGCUCUUGCACAUCAUUUUGAAGCAAAGUUGUUGUUAUUAGAUGUUACUGACUUUUCCCUGAAGUGUAAAGCAGAGCAUUUCCUUAUUCUUGGCCUCUUUUACCAGUCCUUGAAGAGGUCCAUCUCAGAGACAACGUUGGGCCGAAUGUCCAGUUGCUUGGUUCCAUCUCAGUUCUGCCCUCAAGGGAGCAAGACAGAGUUUGUCUGGAGCUCAAAAGACAGAUGGAGUAGGAGAAAGACGGUCCAUGUUUCCUCUAUCGAGAAAAGAUUUGAUAUAAGAAGAAGAAAAACUAGUUGCAAAUUCUUUCCCUUCAGUGCUCCUUCUAUACCAUUUGUUUUGGAGGGGAGGUUUUGCGAGGAAAGCAAACUAUACAAAGGUGAAUGGUUGGCACACCACACAGGCAAAGUAGUGGGUUUUGAAAGUUGUACUGACCUUGCAAAACCUCGUCGAAGUGCAUCUACUUCUUCUAAUAUGAGCAGCAUCAGUUCUGAGUCCUCUUCUCCACAUUCAGUUGGAAGACAUUCACUUUCUGGCAAAAGUUCAAAGACUCUUACACCCAUGUUCAUGGGGCACAAAUCUGCACAACUCCUCUCAAGCGCACGAGCAGCUGGUCUUUUGAUGAGAGACUUUUCUUACAGUCACUUUCAAGCUUAUCUUAGAAGGUACUCACCGGCAGGACCAUUGCAGGUUUUGGUUUCAUUAUCUGAAACGAGCUCUAUCAUUCUCUACAUCAGGGAUGUUGAAAGAGUUCUGCUCAAAUCCCAUAGUCUAUACAAAUUGUUUGACAGAGUGUUAAAGAAACUGUCAGGACCAGUUCUAAUACUUGGCUCCCAAAUAUUGGACUCAGAAGGUGACUACUGUGAACUGGAUGAGAGACUUUCCCUUCUAUUUCCCUAUAACAUUGAGAUCGAGCCACCUGAAGAUGAGAUUCAUCAAGCGAGAUGGAAGGCCCAGCUGGAAGAUGAUAUGAAGGUACUUGCAGCAAAUGAUAUUGUAUGUGAUGAUCUAGGUACAAUCUACCAAGCAGACACGAUGGUUCUCAGUAACUACAUAGAGGAGAUUGUAGUGUCAGCGAUAUCUUAUCACUUGAUGAAUAACAAGGAUCCAGAAUACCGAAAUGGAAAGCUUGUCAUAUCAUCUGAUAGUUUGUGCCAUGGAUUUAGCAUCUUCCAGGAGAGGAAAAAGGGGGGAAAGAUGUGCUCAAAUUGGAGACUAAUGCCAAAUCUUCAAGAAUGGAAGAAACACUCUUCAAACAAGAAGGUUGAUGGGUUGAAGCCUGAUGCAAAGUCAGAGUUCCUGCCAUCAAAAGAAAACAAAGACGAGACAGAGAAAACUCUUCCUUGUUCAAAGAAAGAUGGUGAAAGCCUACAUCCAAAAGUGCCGAGCAAAACAAAGACACUUUUACCUCAGCGAAUACAAGCUCUUGCAAUUUCUUCCACUCUCGUGAACAAUAUGGUUUCCCAGCAGGAAGUUCCACCAGACAAUGAAUAUGAGAAACGUAUAAGGUCAGAGGUAAUCGCCGCAAAUGAAAUUGGAGUGACAUUUGCAGAUAUUGGAGCACUGGAUGAAGUUAAAGAAUCACUCCAGGAGCUGGUCAUGCUCCCUCUUCGACGACCAGAACUUUUCAAAGCCCUGCAGAGGCAUAUUGCUUUUUGGGCCUCCAGGCACUGGGAAAACAAUGCUGGCAAAGCAAUCGCCAACGAAGCAGGUGCAAGUUUCAUAAAUGUCUCCAUGUCAACCAUAACUUCAAAAUGGUUUGGAGAAGAUGAGAAGAAUGUCCGAGCUUUGUUCACACUGGCAGCAAAGGUUUCUCCCACUAUAAUUUUUGUGGACGAGGUUGAUAGCAUGCUUGGCCAGCGGACAAGAGUUGGGGAACAUGAGGCAAUGAGAAAGAUUAAAAAUGAAUUCAUGUCACAUUGGGAUGGGCUGUUGUCAAAACAGGGAGAACGCAUUCUUGUUUUAGCAGCAACAAACAGGCCAUUUGAUCUUGACGAGGCAAUAAUUAGGCGGUUUGAAUGCAGAAUAAUGGUUGGUCUCCCAUCCGUUGAGAGCAGGGAAAUGAUCCUGAAAACUCUAUUGGCAAAGGAAAAAGUAGAAAAUCUAGACUUUAAGGAGCUUGCAGCAAUGACAGAAGGAUACAGUGGAAGUGAUCUCAAGAAUUUGUGCACAACUGCGGCUUAUCGACCUGUUAGGGAGUUAAUACAACAGGAGAGACUAAAGGAGAGGGAGAAAAAGGCUGAAGAAGGGAAGAGCGUGGAAGAUGCUUCGAAUACAAAGGAGGAAAAUAAAGAGGAAAGAGCAAUUACUUUGAGGCCCCUAAACAUGGAAGAUAUGAGACACGCAAGAAAUCAG